AUGCUGACCAACGGGCCCCGGAGCAGCAAUCGGGCCCUCAGCCAACCGGAUCGAGUUGUCUAUCACGUUCAAGUCAUCAACAUCCGGCCCACGCGGCCCAGCCACCACAAGCUCCUCUGGGGCCCACCUCGGAGGAACCGAAACCCUCACUUUAACAAGCGUGGGCCUCUGAAGUACAGGACCCGCUUCAUUCCCACCACCCAAAACCGAUUUCGCAAUUCCAUUAAAAUGAUAGAGAUCGAAAACCUUCUCCCCAGUCGACCCAUCCGAAUCGUCCUUCAUUCCCCCCAAACUCCGGUCCAAUUCCAGAAUCGCCCGCCAAAAAUCACUCCACACCACGAAAUCCGAACUGCAGAGGCUCUCGACUUUCUCGGGCGGGAAACGGAUGCCCGUCCCGGUGAUGACGUGUCGGAACCCCUCGGAGCUCACGAACCCGCCGCCUCCGCUCGAGUCAUGGGAGUCGAAGGCAUGUCGAAUCUCGGACUCGCGUUGCUCGAGCUCGUUCUCGUCUUGGACUCGGGAGUCGGGCGCGAAAAGGACCGUGUAGUGGGAUUCGCUCCCGACUACCCAUAUGGGGCGUUUUGGGGAUUUGAGUUGAGGGACUCGAGUAGGGUGAGGAAACCGACCUCGACUGGAGUCGAGAUGCCUUUUACGAACAUGCCCUCGCCGAGGUCGAUACUCCCGUCGAACACAUUGGCGACUGCUUUUCCGGAGAGUAGUAGUCCUCGAGACAACAAUGCAGAUAUCAGAAAGAGCAAUGCUCCCAUGCGGCUUCUGAAAACAGGAAGCAAUUCUUCAAGCUUCUGGAUCAAACUUGAACGAGAUGUGCAUAUAAAUGUAGACCCUGGGAAUGGGAAAAUAACAGAACUCGCCUCAUCUGAUGGCCCAUUUGCAGACUCCGAAAAUUCAGACAAAGGAAUAUUCAAAUAUGCUACAGCAGCUGCUUCAUUACUUCCACAUAGAAAGAGUACAUCACUCAUACUCCUCACCAAGGCUCUGUUUGAAGAAGAAAUUACUUAG